UCCAGGCAGUGUGGCAUCCCCUAGCCCUGCACUCACUUCAGAUCCGCUCAGCUCUUGUCUGCAAAAAGGAUCUAUCAGACCAGUGAACAUGGAUGAUGCAGACUACAGAAACAUCUAUGACACCAUCCAAAAAACGAAGAUCUAUGAGGCUCCCGACCAGCUGGGAGAGAAUGAAAGUCCUUUGUCUGAGGCAGUCCAUGGAGAUGUGAGGUCAGAAGACAGUUUGUAUGACGCCAAGCUAGAAUACCACAUCUAUGAUUCUGUGUCAGUCUGCGUCUCCAAGGGUGAAGAGAACAGCUUAGCCUCUGCCCAGCCAGAGGCAGAAGACUACCUCCUGCCUGAUGAACUAUGUCCUGAGACCCAGGAACCUGAACCAGAUGAGCCGGGGGAGGACAGGUGCAUCUCGGCACAAGAGUUAGAGUCACCAACGUGGGACUCAGAACUUGAUGCAGGGAAGCCCUGGGACAGUGGGAGCCUGGUGAAGAAAGACCUGCCUUCUCCUUCCAGCUUCACCAUCCAGCACAGCAAGGCCUUCUCCAUCAGUAGGGACUCCCCUGCCAGCCACCUGGAGGCUUGGGAAGAUAAGGAGACAGUUCUCACAAGCCCUGAGAUCUUCCUGUUUGUCAAGGCUGGAAUCGAUGGAGAGAGCAUUGGCAAUUGUCCUUUCUCUCAGCGCCUCUUCAUGAUCCUCUGGCUGAAAGGCGUCGUGUUCAACGUCACCACCGUGGACCUGAAAAGAAAGCCAGCUGACCUGCACAACCUGGCCCCUGGCACCCACCCGCCUUUCCUGACCUUCAAUGGGGAAGUAAAGACCGACGUCAAUAAGAUCGAGGAGUUCCUGGAGGAGACCCUGACCCCUGAAAAGUACCCAAAACUGGCUGCCAAACACCGGGAGUCCAACACGGCAGGCAUCGACAUCUUCUCCAAGUUCUCUGCCUACAUCAAAAACACCAAGCAGCAGAACAACGCCGCCCUAGAGAGAGGGCUGACCAAGGCCCUGAAGAAACUAGAUGACUACCUAAACACGCCCCUGCCCGAGGAGAUCGAUGCCAGCACGUGUGGGGAUGAAGACAAGGGGUCCCGGCGCAAGUUCCUGGAUGGAGAUGAGCUGACACUGGCUGACUGCAACCUCCUGCCCAAGCUCCAUGUGGUCAAGAUUGUGGCCAAGAAAUACCGCAACUACGACCUUCCGGCUGAGAUGACAGGCCUGUGGCGGUACCUCAAGAAUGCCUACGCCCGGGACGAGUUCACCAACACCUGUGCGGCGGACAGCGAGAUCGAGCUGGCCUAUGCAGACGUGGCCAAGCGCCUCAGCCGCUCCUGAGCUCCGCCAUCUUGUCCACCCGCACUGCAGAAAAUGCUCCGGGUCUCCCAAAGACCUUCGACUUUACAGAUUCCUCUUCCUCAUCACCUCUGGAAACUUGUGCUUUGAUGUCGAAUCAGGCCACGUCUCGCUGGUAUCACCAGAACUCCAGCCUGCCACCUUUUUUUAAGGAAGGUCAGCACCACUUCAAGAAUUUGGCCAACAAAGAGGAUAAUACAAGUCAGCCUCUCCCCUGCCAGCCUGACCUGGGGUCUGUGUAUUUGGGGUCAGCUACAGAGCACAAGCGUGGGACUAUCACUGACCUCUGGUUCUGCCAACACCAAACUAUCUUCUCAUCCUUUAUGGACAUGAAAUACCGCCCUUCUCUUUCAGUAACUGUAAGGCCAACGACACAUGUCUCUUUAGUUCUCAUUAGAGAGAGAUCCCUACCUUCUCAGGAGCAGCAGUGACUGGGACAGGACUCAGCUGAGGUUGGCUUUGGGUAACUUAUCAAACCUGCAACCCCAUCGCUCGGUCCCUCCCAACUUCCGACACUCCUGCCCUAUGGCACCAAAAGCCAGAUGACAAAGUCACUUCAGACGAUCUUAGUUUGAUGCAGUGCUGGAAAUGGUGCAAUGUGGUUUGUGCAACUGGCUCCGGUUUUCAUGUAGUCCUUGGUCUUGUUUGCCAGGGAGGAAACUGGCAGGUAAUCCCAACCUGGGGGAGUCAGAUGGAGAUGGCUGAGGAGCGAUGUUGAUGCCAAAAAGGCCCAUGGGGUCUGCAGCCACAGGGCGUGCAAAUCUGAGUAGGAGUAGUUGCUCACUGGAGACCAAGUGUUGGGGUGUGAUUGUGCCUGUGAGUGAGCGGCUUCUGGUGGAUGAGGAAGAUGGAGGAGUGAACGCAGAGGGUGGGGGAGGAGGGCUGGGUAAAGACAAAGCAGCUGUGAGACUGUGCUUUUCACUCAUGAUUUAAAUCUUGCACUGGCAAUAUAACUACCAGUCUUACAGCAAAAACCCCAACCAUUGGCCAAAAAAAAAUUGUCUUCCCAGUUUUUGAAGAGGUUGCUCCUUGAUGCAGGUCGCGGGCUGGGGGCUCUCACAAAGCUGUUUGUGGCGCACAGAUAUGUUUAGAAGCUUAGAAGGUUGGCAUGAUCUUGGAGCACCUUAAGAAGAAAGUUCAUAAACCUUUCUGACUGGGAAACCAGGUGGCUUGAACUUGAAGAACACUAGACUCAUCUGGAUUAACUUUCCUUCCAACAGACACAACUGCUAUGGAUGAAUUUUUUUAAGGCAAUCAUUAUUGUUUUUUAGUUAACAUUUCUCUUCUUAGUCAUCUCCUUGAGUUCUAACACCUCCCGAGGAGCUCACCAGUCCUGAGCGUGGGGACCUGUGCAGAGGAAACUCAGAGAAAAUGAACUAAUCAUCCACCCCCCCCUGCCAGUGAGCGCUCUGGAAGAAAUCCAUCUGCUGGGCCCCCCUCACCUCCAACAAUCCUGCCCUCCGUGCCUCGGGGUGGGGGGGGGGCUCCCUGGGUCCGGCUCAUUGUCCCCAGGGGCCAGGAUAGUAUGGGUCCUUUCCGUAGAUACAUCCACACAUACAAACCCCAGCAAUCGCUGCUCCCCCCUGCCACCAGGGAUCUCUAAAGGAGAAAACUAAGUGACCCCGGCUCAAAGCCAAGAGAGGAAGCAGGAGGAAGGCGAGGCUGCUCACCGGGACAUUAUCUAAACCUGAGAGAGAGAGCUAGAGAAGGCAAUCAGUGGCUUCCAUCCCAGCCCUCAGGGAACCUGGCAGGUCUCUGCAGCUGCCCCCCGAGCAUGUUAGCACAUAGAACUGGUAAGGAAAGAGCCUUCGGGGGCGGGGGGGAAGUGUCGGUAAAUGACCUAAACCAGCUUCCACAAAGUGGCGUUAGCAUGCGCCCGUGUUGUUCUCAGAAGCCCUCCCCUGGCUUUCACAGAUCACUCAAGGUGACCGUCAGGCAGCUCACCAUCUUCUGGUCCCCAAGCAAACUCUUGUCACAACCCAUCGGGCAGCACCCCACACAGAGGUGGCCCUGGGAGAAGCUGUCCACAGAGGAAGUGGCAGAAUACUAAGGGCUCUGAUGGGUGCAAAGUCUUUAGUAUCCAUCAACUGGACAGUCCUUAAAAGCAAACAGGCCAAACCAAGUGAAUGUGGUCUCUAGCUGUCCCUCCUAUCCAUUUAUUUGGCAUAAAUAACUAUAAUAAUAAAUAACUAUAUAGUAAAUAACUGUGAGGGUAUGGUAUGCCCAGUUAUUAACCACUUUAAUAGGAGCAUGAGUGGUAGGAAGAAGGCUCUUUGGGGUACUUAAUCUCAGCAGUGCAUUGAUAGAUAAUGCAAAGUGACCAUUGACCUAGAGGUGUGAUAUCUUGUAUUUAUCCUAGUAUAACAAAUAACCAUCAUAUUAAUAAUGUUGCCUUUUCUUUUUCAAAAGAGAUUUUUCUCCAGACCCCCUAGCUUCUCUGGCCGUUGGCCUUCACCUUGUUGCUGGCCCAGCCUACCAUCUUUUUCAGCUACCCUAGUGUUGGUACCCCACAAUAUGACUCAGGGAGACUGGGGCAUUUGUAGUUUGGACCCUAGUCCUCCUAAUUGAUCCCGAAUAUUGGUCCCUUAGAACACAUUCAGUGGGACAAACAUCAGAGUUACUUAGCCUGAGAAUCUUUUAUUUUGUAUUCCAUUCUCUCCUUUGGCUUUUACAUCACCUUUUCUUUUGGUGGUUAGUUAGUGGAAAGCGGAGGCAGAAAGCUAGUCAUACUCAGAAUUACUGAGUUAGACUUAACCACUUAUCCAGGACUGCCCACUUCUUCAUUUGGCCCAGAGAGAAGGUAUUGGAUGUGAUUUUAAUGAACAUAAUUUAUUAACUAUGUUACCAAAAUCUAUAUUGAUCCAGAGCAUAGUUCGUAGCUGCUCAGGACAUAGAGGGAAGAAGAUCACAGUGUGAGACCAGCCUGGAGUAAAGUUAGCAAGACUUCAUUUGAAACACAAGCCAGAUGUGGGUGGUAUAUACCUUUAACUCUAGCCACUCAGGAGGGAGAGGUAAGAGAAUUGUGGUCCAAAGCCUGGGUCAAAAGCACAAGGUGAGUAUAGCUUAAGCUCACCUAGCGAGCUCAAGGUCUGAAGGCCUUAAAUUCAAUCCCUAAAACGGUCAGAAACAAACAAGCAAACAGCUCACCAUCCCUGUGAAACUCUGGCCUGGAUGUAGCAUGUGUCUGGCAAGUGCUUCUGCAGUUCACCCCCUCUGGCCAGGGACAAAGUCAAGAGGACAGCAAAUUCAGGUGCUGCCAACACUGUCCAGGGAAAGAGACAAUAUUAACUUGUGGUUACGCCGAGUUCAGUGAUUCUCAAGGGACCUUGAUUAUUAUUAUUAUUAUUUAAUGAUAUUAAGAAGAGUCUUACAAAAGCAUUGGGAAAAGAAGGGGAGUACCGAGUUCUGAUGCUCUGACAUCGAAACUUGUGUGGCUCACCCUUGGCCUUGGAGCCCUUCUGCACAAAGGCUGAAUGGAUUGCUUUUUAUCUUGCAAUCAAACAGCAUAACCUUCCCCUCCCAAUGUCUGCCUUUCUUCCUUUGUCAGUAUUCCCAGCUCCCUAGCCCAGUUUUCAGGAUACUUGCAUCUCAUUUUUAGGGCUGAUCCAAACCCUCUAUACAUUUUCAAUGUUAUUUGAGGAAAUUUCAAAAUAGUCCACACUACAUAGGACAAUUAAAGAUUGUCUCAGCAUAAAGUUUGGAUUAAUCUGUGUUUCUAUAAAAGCAAUCUGAUUUUUUUAAUGAAAUAGUUUUAAGUCUCAACAAGCUGAGGUAUUUUUGUACAUAGUUCAAGAUUUCACAAUAUUGAUUACGGAUAUAUUUAAAGUAUACAAUAUCAAGAUGAUGUUUGGAUUUGUUUUAUUAUCCUGGUUACUUGGGUGUCCCAUUUUAUAAGAUAAGGAUUUAACUAAUUUAGCAAACAAUGCCUUGCUUUUAUAAAAGAACGAGCAUUUUACUAUCUGAAGUCACUCAGAAUGAUGAUUUCUUGUUUUCUUGAGACCUGUAACUGUGCUAAUAAAAUAACAGGCCUUGCUUUCAAGCCUUAAUAAAUGUACAAUGCCUUCUAAUGAUGCUA